GCUUACUGUUGUUCGAGCGAGCACUGUGUGUAGGCCAGACGGUGGAGAAGCUGCGAUCGGCUGCUGUUGAAAAGAUGGCGCCGUCGAUCUCGUGGAUCCGAAGCGUGAGGGAGUGCUUAAUGGAGAUCACAUGGGGGCUAGAGGAGGGGCUGCCCCCCGACCUGGGACGCGAUAACAAACUACCCGGCGCGUUUGGAGGACUUGAUGCUGCGCUACUACAAAGAGUUUGAGGAGGGGCGAGCGCUUUGUUCUAUGCUGGAGGACCGCUGUUGCGACGACGACGAUAUCGUCCAUAUUGCAGAUACUCACAAAAACAACGAUAAUGAUGACAGCAACAACGACAGUGACAACAACAACGACAGUAACAAAGAUUCGUGGGAGGGUAACAAUGACAAUAACGACAGCAACAAUGACAGUAACAACAAUAGUGACGAUAACAAAGAUUCGGGAGAGGGCAACAACGAUAGUGCUUCUCGUGAGGACGGCGACGGCGUUCUUGCAGCAACGGCGACAAUAAAGAGAACAGGGGCAACGACGACAAUAACAACAACAACAAUAAUGACCACAACAACAACAACAACAACAACAACGACAGCAUCAACAACAACAACAACACCAGCAAUGAUAAUAACGCCGCCGACUGUGAUUUUCGUGAAGUUCACGAUGCCAUAUCAAUCCAGAUCGUUCAGAUCGUCGUCUUCAAUGAUGUAACAGAUAUCGCCGGGAAUGGUCGAGGGAUGCAGCGGGCUCCUCCCGUGAGUAGCGGGAAGCUUUUGGGGGGGGGAAUGGUUUUGUGCAGUUUCACGAGUGUUUGCCGUGGUGCGUGCGGGCGAGAUAGUUCUGCUCGAUGGGACCCGGGUGGGAAGGGGGUUCGGUAGGACAGGGGCCUUGGGGAGGCCCAUCAUCUACCCACCCGUGCUAUCCGAAGGAGGGCAAAUAGGUAUACGUGGAAUCCCGCCUGCCUGACCGUGUUCCUCUCUCCCUGCUUCUCGCAGUCUGUCCCUGGCUGUGUUCCUCUCUCCCUGCUUCUCGCAGUCUGUCUUUCUAAAUUCCGCUGCCUUCCUAUUCUGAACACUCCUCCUCCUCACGGCGCUGCAAGGGUUGGUGAUCAUGUGAUGAGGGUUUCAGGGAAAUGGUGUGAUUGCGAUGGGGUGAUCUAAAUGGUUUUUCCCUACUCUGAAUGCCUCUCCUCCUCGCGUACUUGUUAACAGUUGAUGAGGGUUUCAGAGUACGGGUUCUAUGUAGAGUGUGAUGGGCAGUUAAUCCCCAACUUGGUUGAGGGCAAUCAAUGCUGUUCAUCAGU